AAGGAUCUUUCUAGCAUGGGGGUUUCUGCACAAGACUGUAAGAGGCGUAGCUGGGGGAGGGUGAAAGAACUGAUGUGUUGCAGCAAGGACAGCUGUAGUCCUCUAGACACAAUCAGGAUAUGACAUCAGCUAGGGGGAGGCAAAAAAAAAAAAAAAAGGAAAGCAGAGUGUAUUUAAUGAAAAGCCCAACAAGGAUUUCGUAAAUGAAAAACUUAAAUGUCUGAGCUCUGAACACACCAGUAAUUUUACAAGAAUUUCAGGAAUUUCUUUUGGACGUUUCUGGAAUAACAUACAGAAGGAGGACAUUUUCCUUGGGUCAUCUUGAAGUUGUGGGUUAGACCAUUGCUGUCUACUACUUUCUCCACAUUGAUGAGAACCAGGAAAGAAAAAAAGUUCAGCUCCCUGUUAAAUGUAUACAUGGAUACUACACUUCACUUUAAAUCUUGCUGAUGUUUGUUCCCUCUGCUGGACAGUUAAGCUAAUCAAAGGAACUUUUAAAAAGAUUGAAGAACUGCCUGUUAAAACUCUAUAAUUUAUUUUCCAAAAACUAUAUUAUUUUUUUCUACUUGAAAGGUUUUUCCCUUUGAAAAAUAUAAUUGCCACCCUGGCUAAUCCUAAAUCAGAAUGGCUCUAUGCCUUAAGCAAGUUUUUAACAAAGACAAAACAUUUCGUCCUCGUAAGAAAUUUGAGCCGGGGACACAGCGGUUUGAGCUGUACAAGAAAGCCCAGGCUUCCCUCAAAUCAGGACUAGACUUAAAGACAGUGGUCCAGUUGCCCGCAGGGGAGAACAUCAAUGAUUGGAUUGCAGUGCACCUGGUGGACUUUUUCAACAGGAUAAAUCUCAUUUACGGGACCAUAUCUGAAUUCUGCACUGAAAAGAGCUGCCCCAUUAUGUCUGGUGGUCUGAAGUAUGAAUACCGAUGGCAGGAUGACUAUCGAUUCAAGAGGCCUACCAAGCUUUCAGCACCUCAUUACAUGUGCAUGCUAAUGGACUGGAUUGAGACACUAAUUAAUAAUGAAAACAUCUUUCCUACUAGAAUAGGUGUACCUUUCCCCAAGAAUUUCCAGCAGGUUUGCACCAAGAUCCUCACGCGCCUCUUCAGGGUUUUCGUCCAUGUUUAUAUCCAUCACUUUGAUAGCAUCAUCGGUAUUGGUGCUGAAGCUCAUGUCAAUACUUGCUACAAGCACUUUUACUACUUCAUCAAUGAAUUCAGUUUGGUUGAUCAAAGGGAAUUAGAACCACUGAAGGAAAUGACAGAAAGGAUUUGCCAUUAAAGAUAACUUAGACAAUGUUGCAAGAUCAACAUUUAUAUGGACAAGAUGUUCUGAUGAUGCUCCAAUGGACAACUCCCUAAGAAUCUGAGGAACUUUCCGUCUUGGAGUAAGCUUCCAAUACAAUUUAAAUUAAUUUCUGUGGACGUCAGUAAAUAUAAUUUUCCUUUCUCUCACUCUGUGGCCUUCUGAUUCUUGCCACCUAUAUUGUUCUAUUUUGCAUUCAUCCUCCGGAAGCUGCAGAUAAUCCACCUACACUGGCCGAGACAAAGAAGAUAUUCCAAGUGGACGAAUAUCACCAUCCUGCAUUGCCUGUCAAAGAAAAAAAGUUUUUUUCUGUAAUUCUAUCUUGUACUUUAAGGAUGCACAGAUGAUCCUUCAAAAAUGUGAAUGCAUCUUUCUAAUAAAUUACUAAAAAUAGUUUAAUUUAGAAAGGCAGAGAUACGGCCCAGAGGGAUGCAAGUGUGAUGGAUGGUAAAGAAAUCUGAUAGAUAAAUAAAUGAAUAAUAAAAUAUUUUGAAAAAUAUAAUACUACUGAGAUUAUUUGAUUGGAAAAAUAUUCUUUUCCUGUAAGGCACAAGUGAAUAAGGAAAUAAGAGUAUUUCUUGGAACAAGGAAGCAUUAAGCAGCUGUUUGGUUCAGAUUUCUCCUAAUUUCAUUUAUCCUAAUUGACAUUAGGAGAUAUAUAUUGAAAAAAGCAUAGAUGCAUUCCACUAAAAUAACCAGCAUAG